AACAAACCGACAGAUGUUUGACAUUAUCAAUAGAGUACACCGAAGAAGUUGGUCACCAAGGGGUUCAUAACACGUUUGAAAAGGUAUUAGAUUCUUCAAACAAACCUCGUUUGAAAGUAAGAGUCCACGGAAUAUGCGUGUGUCACUGAUUUUUAAUUGCUAACAAUUUUAGAUAGCACGCACCUAUGAUAACGUUACUAGAGACGCUGUUGGUGCUUAUAUAACGCUUUGCACAACUUGCUGUCUGAAAUCCAGUCACAUAAAGAAAGCUCCAUUGAAGCCGAUUAUCACUACAGGAUUCUUACAGCGUGUACAGAUCGACCUGAUUGCUAUGUUAUCCAAACCAGAUGGCGAUUACAACUACAUUGGCCAUGUCGUGGACCAUUUUAGCAAAUUCAGGAUAUUAUUUCCAAUGAAAGGGAAAUCAGCAAAUGAAUUUGCUUCAAACUUUUUUAGAAGUUUUUUAGCGACUUUUGGGUUACCAAAAAUUUUGCACUCUGAUAACGGUGCCGAAUUUAUCAAUCACGUAAUGGAUGCUGUAGCCGUGAUAUGGCUGGGUGAGGUGUCAUUUGUUCAUGGGAAACCGCGCCACUCGCAAUCUCAAGGUUUGGUUGAACAAGGAAAUAACACCAUCCAAGGGAUGAUUAGUGCAAGAGAAAAAGAGUCCCAAACUUCAACGUGGUCAGAGUGGCUUCCAGAGAUUCAAUGUAAAUGUAGUUAUAUCUAUAUCAUUCUCGUCCCCAAAUAUCUUCAAAUUCAGGCCCAACUGGAGUCAUCACCAAUUACAUUCGGAUGAAGUACCCGUGCGAAUUCGAUAUAGGGAGAUUAUCGUUAAACCGCAUUCAGUUUUUGUUGGUGAAAAUUAUUGAUAGAGUAAACAAAAAAGCUGUGUAAGGACCAUAAAUGAUAAUAUAUAGUAGUCUUCAUCUGUGGCUUGGUAUUUCAAGUUGUACGAAGUUGGUAUGGUUAAAAAAAAUUCAACUUGAGUAGAAGAAGUGACGUUGGCCCAACCUCGUACACAGUUAUUUAAGUUGUACGAAGUUGAUAUGGUUAAAAAAAAUUCAACUUAAGUAGAAGAAGUGACGUUGGCCCAACCUCGUACACAGUUAUUUAAGUUGUACGAAGUUGGUAUGGUUAAAAACAAUUCAACUUAAGUAGAAGAAGUGACGUUGGCCCAAUCUCGUACACAGUUAUUUAAGUUGUACGAAGUUGGUAUGGAUUAAAAAAAUUCAACUUAAGUAGAAGAAGUGACAUUGGCCCAACCUCGUACACAGUUAUUUAAGUUGUACGAGGUUGGUAUGGUUAAAAAAAAUUCAACUUAAGUAGAAGAAGUGACGUUGGCCCAAUCUUGUACACAGUUAUUUAAGUUGUACGAAGUUGGUAUGGAUAAAAAAAAUUCAAGUUAAGUAGAAGAAGUGAAGUAGGCCCAACCUCGUACGCAGUUAUUUAAGUUGUACGAAGUUGGAACAAUCAUCAGAUAAUUGUCAAAAAUUAACGUUCAGAGAAUAUUUAAGAUAUUAUCAUUUUUACUGAAUGUAAUUAACAAUGUUUAGAUAUUCAUUUCUAAACCAAAUUAUUCGUUGCCUAAUUUUUGUACAUCAAUUGUAAUGCCCAUUUUCGUACAAAAUU